CCAGCUAGGCAGCCUUUCAGCUUCUGCCACUGUUAUAAAACUGAAGGCAGUCUUGGCGCAGGCAAGCAAAGAGCAGAUUUCUUGCCAGAGGCAUUGGACAGGAAGUAGCAACCAUGGCGACUUUGUACCCAUCACUCGAGGACAUGAAGGUGGAUCAGGUCCUGAAGGCCCAGGGCAACGCAACCGUGAAGACGCCGACUGCGGUCCCAGCGCCACUUCCUGCUACAGUUAUGCCGUCUGCUCCGCCAGCUGCUUUGGAAGAGAGGACUGAAGUGUCCAAAUCAGCCGCCCCACCGGUUUUGUACCCAAACCUCACAAACCUCAGUGACUACAUGGGCCUCUCCCUUUCCAGCGAGGAGGUCCAGAAGAAUCUGGGACUUGUCCCAGCAGACAGCUAUGCCGUGGCCUUGGCUCCCUCUGCCCAUGGCUUGGUGGUUGCCCCAGUGACAGGAAGUAACCUGGGGAUGCGUCGGGCGGAGAUCAAGCCAGGUCUGCGGGAGAUUCACCUCUGCAAGGACGAGCAUGGGAAGACGGGGCUGAAGCUGAGAAACAUUGAUAAGGGGCUGUUUGUGCAGCUGGUCAAGGCAAACUCUCCGGCAGCUUUGGUGGGGCUGCGCUUUGGGGAUCAGAUCCUGCAGAUAGAUGGGAAGGAUUGCGCGGGAUGGAGCACAGACAAGGCUAAGCGUGCACUUAAGAAGGCUUCCCCGGAGAAGAUUGUCAUGGUGGUUCGUGACAGGCCGUUCCAGCGCACAGUGACGAUGCACAAAGACAGCACCGGCCACGUUGGCUUCGUCAUCAAGAAGGGGCAGAUCAACUCGAUUGUCAGGGGCAGCUCUGCCGCUCGGAACGGGCUCCUCAUCAACCACCACAUCUGUGAGGUGAAUGGGCAAAAUGUCAUUGGCCUAAAGGACAAGCAGAUAACAGAGGUCCUGAUGAAUGCAAGCGACAUCAUCACGCUCACCAUUGUCCCUGCGGUGAUCUACGAACACAUGGUCAAAAAGCUUUCGAGUGGGCUAGUGAAAUCAUCCAUGGAUCAUUCAGUCCCUGAUGAUUAAAGUUGCUCAAGACUUUCACUCCUUCCGCUUCCUCCCUCUCCUGGCAUGACACACACCACAGAGGACUCCACUGGGACAUUCUCUCUCUCCUUGGAGAAUACUCGGAGGUGCAGAAAGAUGAAUCAAUUCCUUAGAGCUUUCAUGUAUUCCUGAAGGACUGUGGGGUUUCCAGAGAUUAUUUGGGGCCAAGUUGAGCUUGGGGGCCUGUGCAACUGUCUCACCACUCUAUCGCCCCUUCCUGGGGAAAUUAAUUCAUCUCUCAAGGGUGGCUAUCCCGUACAUAUGGAAGCAAAGCAGCCGAUUCUCCAUCUACAUAGCCCAAGUGUAAUCUGUGGCCUAUUCAAACAACCACAUAUGCCCUGGGUGCUCCCUGUUCAGUAGAGGGAUUGGCUGGCCUGAGCCUUUGGUAGCUGUUAACACUGAAACCUCCAGCAGUGUGUUUCAAAUCUACAAAGCAAAGAGCCUGGAUCUUGUCAGGCAUUGCUGAUUUUAACUGUGCAUCUUUGCUGAAGAACAUCUCAGGUAUGGUCGGAGGGCACAUGAUGCAGCCCCUUGUCAGUGGAGGCUUGCCCCGUUAGAGCUACAGGAGCGGGCCCCACCAACCUCAGUCAGCGCCCUCCUCUUGCAACCAGCCCAGGGGGUGGCGCUGCCUGUCAGUGUCCUUCCUCCCCCCCGACAGUCCUUGUAGAACUCAGCAAGAGGGAGAUGGGGAGAAAACUACAAUUUUGCAAUGGGCUUCUGCUGGGAGGAAGGGCGGGAUAUAAAUCAAAUAAUAAAUACAUAAAUAAAUAAAAUGCAAUUGGUUUGGGUCUCCGUUAUCAUUGGCUCUGGCUGCACCUGCUGUUGGCCUCCCUGCCAUUCCCAAUGGACACCAACCACCAACGCCCCUUGCCAAAGCUCCGCAGAUCAGGGUCUAACAGUGUUAUCUUCUCGGCGCCAGGUCAAGACUUUCCUCUUCUCCCAGGCAUUUUAGCAUGUGUUUUUAAAUUGCUUUUUUAAAAAAUGUGUUUUUAAAUUUGUAUAUUUGUUUUUAAUAUUUUUAAUUGUUGUAAACCGCCCAGAGAGCUUCGGCUGUGGGGUGGUGUACAAAUGCAAUAAAUCAUCAUCAUCAUCAUCACUGCUGGGAUGGGAGAUCACCUGAGUUGAGUUCCAGAAUAGAAUAGAAUAGACGAGCUGGAAAGGGCCUAUAACACUAUCCAGUCCAACCCCCUGCUCCAUGCAGGAAUCCAAAUUAAACGACCUUCCCGGAUUUCACACAGGGGCCUCUCCCAGCCCAACUGGAGAUGCAAGGGGUUGAACCUGGGAUCUUCUGCAUGCAGAACAUGAGCUCUCCUAUGGCCCUUCCUUAUUAAUUAAACUAAGGUUUUGUUGUGAAUGGGCUCCCCAUCUGCAACUCCUCCACCCCCGUGGGUGCCAUGCCUGGCCCAAAGAAGCCAUAGUAUGGCUUGUUGCAAUGUGUGAACCUGGAUCGUGGUGUGUUUGCUUGAAACAGAUCAUGAAUGGUAGAAUCACAGAAUUGUAGAGUUGGAAGGGGCCUACAAGGCCAUUGAGUCCACCCCCCUGCUCAAUGCAGGAAUCCAACUUAAAGCAUCCCUGGCAGGUGUCUGUCCAGCUACUUCUUGAAGGCCUCCACUGUUGGAGAGCCCACCACCUCCCUAGGUCAUUGGUCCCACGGUCGUACAGGGCACCAGGUCAGCAAAGGCUGAGCUGGAGCCAUAGAAGCUGCUUCAGUCUCCCUCCUUGAGGAGUUACAAGGUUAGGGUUGGGGGGCGUUGUAAGGCAGUAGGGGGUUGGUGGCCCAUUAGCUAAUCACUAAUCAAAAUGCCCCACAGCUACCCAGCCACGCCUUCCUGGCUAGUAUGGGAGGGUCCAUAGUUCAGUGACAGAGCAUGUACUUUAUAUGCAGAAAGGUCAAAGAUUCAGAGUCAUAGAAUCGUAGAGUGGGAAGGGGCCUACAAGGCCAUCGAGUCCAACCCCCUGCUCAGUGCAGGAAUCCAAAUCAAAGCAUUCCUGACAGAUGGCUGUCCAGCUGCCUCUUGAAUGCCUCCAGUGUCGGAGAGCCCACUACCUCUCUAGGUCAUUGGUUCCAUUGUCCUACCGCUCUAACAGUUCCCUUAUGUUCAGUCAAAAUCUUGCUUAGUAUAUAAAUAUAUUAAGUAUAUGAAUAUACUAAACUCACCUCCGUACUGUUGGUAUUUUGCAAGAGGGACUCAAGCGCAUGCUGGAAAUUCAGGUAUGCAAAAUUAAAGUGCAUUAAAAUGCAGGGGGUUGAACUUGAUGGCCUUAUAGGCCCCUUCCAGUUCUACUAGUCUAUGAUUAAAGUGCUCUGCUGCCCUGGUACAACAAAGUCACUUUAAAAAAUAGAAAAUUUUGCAGUUAGGAAAGCGAUGGAAAAUGCAUUGAAGAUUGUGGGGAAAUGAAUGGUUAAUGGGAAGUUUUAUUGACACUCUGCAAGCAAAUCAGGAUGUUCCAUAAACAGGUUGUCUGGAAGAGCCCUAAAUAAACAUUGCGAGUGCCAUGCAUGAGCACAGUCUACAGUUCACCUAGUCUAGUGCUCUUCAGAUAAAUGCCACCAGUUAGCAGUCUGGUAGUUGGCCAGUGUGGUCCACUGCAGAUUUACCUUCUGCCCAUCCUUGUGCAGGUAGAGGUCUCACCGGUCUACAAAACAGGGUUCUCUCUAAAUGUCUCGAUGCUUCUCUUUGCAUAUUUGUUGCCUGCAACUGCAGAGAGCAACAAAGGACAAGACGUAUGGAGGGGCAAAUUGCUACACUUUCAGGGGCAGGCUGGCACACCUUGUUGCGAGAACAUCAGAAGAGCUGACUGCUGGAUCAGGCCAAAGGGGGCCCAUCUAGUCCCACAUACUGUGCUCACAGUGGCCAACCACACGACCCAUUGUGAAGUCCACAAGCAGGACCUGAGCACAAGGGCCGGGAUCUCUUCUCGAUCGUCCCAGAGUGCAGGACACGGAAUAAUGGGCUCAAGUUGCAAGAAGCCAGAUUUCGACUGGACAUCAGGAAAAACAUCCUGUUAGAGCGGUACGACAAUGGAACAAAUUACCUAGCGAGGUAGUGGGCUCUCCGACAUGGGAGCCAUUCAAGAGGCAGCUGGACAGCCAUCUGUUGGGAAUGCUUUGAUUUGGAUUCCUGCAUUGAGCCAGUGGAUGGACUCGAUGGCCUUAUAGGCCCCUUCCAACUCUACUAUUCUGUGAUUCUUUGAUUCUCCUCUCGCAGUUUCCAGCAACUGGUAUUAUUUGUUAAAUUUAUAUCCCGCCCUUCCUCCCAAGAGCCCAGAGAUGUGUUGCCUCUGACUGUGGUGACAGAGCAUCACUGUCAUGGCUAAUAACCACUGAUGGUCUUAUCAUCCACCUAUUUAUCUAAUCCCCUUCAAAGCCAUCCAAGUUGGUGGCCAUCAGUAUCUCGUGUGGGAGUGAACUCCAUGGUUUAAGUAUGCGCUGCAUGAAGGAUGUUUAGCAGUCGGUAGUUGGCCCUGGGUUGGGUUCAAAACAAGCCAAAGUGGUCAGAAGGCACCCUCCAAUGUGCUGGCAUCAGGCUGAGACUCAUCACGGCACGCAGACACCUUUGGAGACCAAAAUGACAUUUUUAUUACAGCCACUAAACAGACAAAGUUUACAGGACAGUGGAAAUUAAAACCCAAGAAGAGUA